AUGUCUUUGGACGUAUAUGAAUGUAUUAGAUCCAUCAAACCUCGAAUUGAAGAAGAGCCCACAGCAACAGUUGCAUUAUUAUAUGAUCAACAGGUUAAAAAAUUUCGACGUGAAAAUGGUGCCGCUGAUUCAAUUCCGGUAUUCGAUCGUGUCAAAUCUUCUUUAUACAAAUAUCGAUCAUUCAAACAUCCACCAGUUUCUAAAGCAUUAUCAUCAAGUGAUAUACCUUAUGGACUUACUCGCACUUUAUUGGAUCAAAAAUUUUUAUUUCUCAAUAAUCAUCUUGGAUCUUUACUUGGUUUUGCUUCAUCUCUGGGUAUUAAACUACUCUGUGAUAAUGUACAUUGA